AGAGUGCAGACAAUGAGGAAGAGUUAUCGCGUUUGGCUACUGUUGUUCGCUGGAUCCAUAACGAAGGAGGUUUCGAGAUGCGAAACUGGGUAUCCAAUUCCAAGAAAACUUUGACUGCACUCUCUGCUAACAGCACGCUGCUAUCCAGAUGUUUUGAGGAGCCUGAAGCUACUAUCGAAAAGGUGCUUGGAAUGUGGUGGUUACCAGCGUCGGAUGAGCUUACCUUUGUGGAAAAGUUUCCUAAAGAAGUUUUUGAUGAGCACACAUUUCCAUCGAAGCGACAAGUUUUGCGUACAAUCAUGAAAAUAUUCGAUCCCCUUGGACUGCUCGGGUAUGUCAUCAUACAAGCAAAAAUCAUCCUACAGGACAUUUGGCGUUCAGGCGUUAAUUGGGACGAGCCUAUCAGAGAGGAUGAUCGCAGUAACUGGUGGAACUGGUUGAAAAGAAUUUCUUCGAUAAACAACGUCAAAAUUCCUCGGUGCUACUUACUUUCCAGCUGUAGCCAGAGUAACCAGUUGCACAUUUUCGUGGAUGCAAGUAUCAACGCUUAUGCUGCUGUGGCGUAUUUGCGUGCUGAAGUUGGUAACGCGGUGAACUGUUCAUUGCUGGCUUCGAAGACAAGGGUCACACCAUUGAAGCCCAUUUCAAUACCGAGGUUGGAGUUAAUGGCAGCAGUUCUGGGUCUGCGGUUGGCAAUUUUUAUAGGCAAGCAACUUUCUGUUCAGGUAAGCCGUAGAAUUUUUUGGACAGAUUCGAAAAACGUGAUAUGCUGGGUGCGUUCAGAUGCAAGAAAGUUCCAUCAAUUUGUUGCGUUACGUGUCGGCGAAAUUCUUGAGGGUUCCAGCGCUAAAGAGUGGAGGUGGUUGCCAUCUUCUGAAAACAUCGCUGAUGAGGGCACAAAAUGGUCCGACGUUCGCAAUUUUGACGACAAUGCACGCUGGUUUCGAGGGCCAAAGUUCUUAGCCCAGCCCGAAUCUAGUUGGCCUGUAGGGGAGCUAGUAGGCGCUACAUCAGAGCUGCAUCACAUAAGUGCAAGUACACCAUUGUCGCCUACCCUGUCAGUAAUCUCUCCAGACGUACGAAGGUUUAGCACAUGGGAGAGACUGCUUUCCACACAACAAAUUGUUUUGCGUUUCCUGCGCCGGAUCUUGAAGUUUACGCCACGUUCGCUACUAAAACUUUUCGACUUGCGUGAUAUUGAAGCAGCAGAGCAAAUUCUUAUUUCCGUAAGCCAGGAAAAUGCGUUUAGCGAAGAAGUCAAAAGCCUACAACACGGUCAAAAUAUUCAACGGCAGUCUGCUAUAUAUAAAUGGUCGCCGUAUCUGGACGAGGUUGGGAUUCUUCGCGUGAAAGGUCGAAUCGACUUCUUAGAAGGAGUAGCAGUCGAUGUGAAGCGACCUGUAAUACUGCCGAAAAAUCAUACAGUAACGCGUUUGAUAAUUGAUUUUUACCAUAGAAAAUUUCACCACCAUCAUAAUGAGAUUAUUGUCAAUGAGAUGCGCCAGCGAUACUGCGUGGGUGCUUUACGAUCGAUGGUAAAAGAGUGCGCCAAAAGAUGCCAAAUGUGUCGCAAUCGUAAAGCUAAGCCGCAACCACCUCAAAUGGGAAGUCUACCUGUAGAACGACUGUCACCAUUUACAAGGCCAUUCACGUUUACAGGAGUGGACUAUUUUGGUCCUAUCGACGUAGCUGUUGGCCGGCGGCGUGAAAAACGUUGGGGCGUGUUAUUUACGUGCCUGACGAGUCGUGCCGUUCACAUCGAGAUCGCGGCGUCGUUGUCGACGGAGACAUUCCUGCUAAUGUUGAAAUUGUUCGUGUGCCGCAGAGGAGUCCCGAAGCGCAUUGUGUCAGACAACGGCACAAAUUUUCGUGGUGCCAGCCGAGCACUUAUCAGAGAGAUAGAAAGGGUGUCAUCCGAUGACCUAGAGAGAAGACAUCCCCAAAUCGAGUGGUCCUUCAUUCCGCCCUCGGCUCCUCACAUGGGUGGGGCAUGGGAGCGAAUGAUACAGUCAACAAAAUCAAUUUUAAUGGAUAUUACGCACGAAGCAAUACUACGUGAAGAAGUUCUAAGGGCCACUUUAGCGGACAUUGAAAAUAUUCUUAAUUCAAGACCUCUGACAUAUGUGCCCUUGGAGACUGCAGACGACGACGCACUUACGCCCAAUCACUUUUUGUUAGGAAACUCAAGCGGAAUUCGCGAAUCAGGUUGUGAUGACGACAGUGGGCCAGCUCUCCGUCGAUGUUUUCGAAUUUCAAACCAGCUAGCUAACCAAUUCUGGAAGCGUUGGAUCCAAGAAUAUCUUCCGUGCCUUACUAGACGUUCUAAGUGGUUCCACCCACCGAUUCGACCUAUCGAAAUAAACGACGUCGUGGUCAUCGUUGACAACAAUGCGAAAAGGAACUCGUGGCCGAAAGGAAUAGUUAUAGAUCUCCACCGUGGAAAGGACGGAGAGGCUCGUAGCGCUGUGGUGAAAGUAGCAAACGGUCUGUGCACCCGACCCGUAAUUAAAUUAGCAAAACUCGAUGUUACUAGUCACAAUUGAAUUGGUAAAUUUCAUACUAGAAUUCGUAGGAAAUUUACGAGAGGGGGUAUGUUGCGAUUAUCGAUUAAUUUAAUAAUCUUUUACAUUCACGCUUGUUGCGAAAAGUGCGAUGGCAACCCAUCGCACUCAUCUGUUUGCCAUUUUCUCAUUCUCUCAUACAAAUGUCAAACUCAUUCUUUUUGAUUUCUACAUUGUGCGAGCACAGGCGCCGCAAGCGAACAAAAUAUUUCAGCCUACAACUACAAGGACUUGAAUAUUGUUUAAUUUGCGGGCCGCCAAUUGCCGGCACAACACCUCUUAUGUGAAGGGCAGGAGAAAACGCGGAAGACCCCUCAAGGUUGAUGAUAUCCAAGAACAUCUUCCUCUGUAUAAAUGCUAGAAGGAGUGAAGCAGUGAAUCGAGGCGUAUGGAGCGAUAUUGUAAAGCAAGCACUGGCUCACCCCGAGCGUUAAUUGCCAUGAUGAUGAUGUUGAUGGAAAUAUAAAUUUG